GCUAAACGCAGGACCCCCCACCAAUGUGUCGGCCGGUAGCGAGAGGUUCUGCGUUUGUCAAAUGCAGAUUUUUGCGUUUGUCAUAUGCAGGAAACCCCGGCUAUCAGCCGAUUCAUCGGUGGGGGGGGGCCCUGCGUCUGAAGUUGACAAGGCCACGACGGACAAGGGUAAGGUCGACGACCGAGAUUUGAGGAAAUUCUUCCUCACUUCGGUGUACGAUGAGCAGGGUACGAACUGGGUCAAGACUGACCACAAGGUCAGCCUUGACAUUGCUCUGUUCAAGGGGUAUGGUCAGAAGGCAUUCGGUAUGAAAGCCUUCAGCAGCAAGCGGGACGGGAAUGCUUCGAGGAUUCUCUUACCCAUUGAAUUCCUCACCAAGACCAAUGGGUAUAGGAGAAGUGGUCAAUACCCGACGGUCUUCGCUGGUUACCAGCUCUCGUUGCCUCUUGUGCCGUUCGACGCUCCAGGAGAAAGUCUCGCAGGCUUGUCAGCGUGCUCUAGCGAUCGGCAGCGAGAUGUCUCGACUCCGCAACCAUCGGUGUCCGCGAAGGAGAAACUCGUUACUUACCAGAGGCGUCCGAGCGGUGGGUCAUCGGGAAACGUCCCGAAGAAGAAGGUGCUCGACAAACCACCUUCCAGUCUUCCGGGGAGCUCGCGUGCCGGUAGAAGCUCGCGCUCGCAGGACACCUCCCAACGUCGAAUGGACGAGGAGUCAAGCGAGAAGACGGAGGACGAUGAACGGAUUCGCCGAUUGCAAUCCCAGUCACUAGCCACGCGAAGGUUCACCCAGGGCGAAGGCUCUUGCGAUGUGAAUGCAGAGUGGGAGGAUAGUAGAGGCGACGAAGCCUGGGCGAGGGGCGAUGGAGAAGACGAUGAGAAUGAAGGAGAAUGUGGUGGUGGGCAGGACCACAUGGAUUGCGAAAAGGCAGCGGCAAGCGGCGGGGUGCUCGGUGGUAAUGUGGGUGGUUCAGAGAUGGAAGACCAGGAUAUGGAAGAUGAGGAAAUGGAAGACGAGGAAAUGAAAGACGAAGGACAGGAUGUCGAUGUUUCCGCGGAGCUUACUUCGAAGGGGAGGGGAAAACGCACAGCGGAAUCGUAGCCGAAGCGAGCCGCGCCUAAGAAGCA